AAGAUUGCUUUUAUCGAUUGAAUUAAUCGGAGACAACAGCGCGGAUAGACUCCACCUCCUUACCUGUAGACUACGAUUGUGACUACGAUUAUGAAUGGAGAGAACAAUUAUCAAAUUCAACCAUUGUAAAAAGGCCAUCUAUCGUUUUCCAGUUGUAAAUGUAGAAAUGGAUGGUCCAGGAGAAAACGAAUUCAAACAAUGUCCCAUCUGUUCUGAGACUUUAAUGUUUGACCUCCUCAACGCACCUGUCAGCAUUCCGAGUCCAUUUGUCAAUGGACACAAAGUUCCUUGUGCUUUUGGAAUCGGAUCUGUGCACGGACCGUCUUUCCUCGGGGAAUGGCAUGACACGGAGCUUCACGUUGGCAUAACAAAUUCCACAGGUGUGGUAUAUAACUAUACCUUAUCAGGACUCCAGAGAGAUGAACAUGGCUGGGAGAAAUGUGUAUGUUUGCAAUUAGUCCCACCUUGGAGAGAGCAUUUAAAACAUACCUGGGACAAGGAGCUUGAACAAUUCUGCUCCCAUUCUACUUGGGCACCAGAACGGUUUCACGAGGAGAGGGAGUUUGGAUCCUGCUGCUAUGGUUUCGCCCUUGCCUUUAUAAACCACAUACGUACCCUGGAAGGGAAACCCUCUUUGAGUAGAGAGGAAUUCACAGGGACUCACAUUCUUCCUAGAGUUAAGACGAUCUCAAAAUACAUCAGAGUUUAUCAAGAAAUAUCACAGAAUGGUUUUUAUAUUGCUAACCAAAUGGAAAUGUAAAAACAUUCAAAAAUACACUUAACAUGCAUAUGAUUGAGAAUAGUGAUCAAAAUUUAACUUGUAAUUGAAUAAAAACAAAUGAUGUAAAAUGUAUACAAACACGGACACAAAAUAGAUAUUUAAAUAUACUGAGCAGUUUUUUCACCUGUCCAGCUUUCAGCACUGACCACAGUAAGCUCAUGAUGUGCGGAGCCUCAGUAAAGCAAUAUAAACAACACACAUGAUACAGAUGCAGUUGUGUGUGUGUGUGGUGGUGGUGAUGGUGGUGGUGG